ACUGUCCUAAAUACUCACAUGGAGACAUCAUGGAUACUGUUGAGUUUUCUCUAGAUUAUUCUACUUUAAAUUGUUUUUUUUGGCAUAUCGUGGAAACUUCUUGACCCUUUUUUCCCUUCUUCGGGGUGGAAAAAAUAGACGCUUUCCUGAAAAUAAGCGACACUGAAUCGCUCCGGGUGUUUCACUACCGGUGUGUGUGUAUGUGUUUGUGUGUGUAACAGUGUAUCAUGUUCGUGUUGGUGGAGAUGGUGGACACUGUCAGGAUCCCUCCGUGGAACUUCCAGAGACAACUGAACGAGGCCAUAGCCGAGGAGCUCAACAAGAAACUGGCCAACAAGGUGGUCUUCAACGUGGGCCUCUGCAUCUGCCUGUACGACAUCACCAAACUGGACGACUCCUAUAUCUUCCCCGGAGACGGAGCCUCACACACCAUAGUUCAUUUCAGGUACGUUGUUUUCCACCCUUUCCUCGAUGAGAUCCUACUCGGCAAGAUCAAGUAUUGCAGUCAAGAAGGAGUUCAUGUGACCUUGGGCUUCUUUGACGACAUCCUCAUUCCUCCAGAGUCUCUUCAGCAGCCCGCCAAAUUUGAUGAAGCGGAGCAGGUCUGGCUCUGGGAGUACGAGACGGACGAGGGGGCCCACGACCUCUACAUGGACCAGGGCGAGGACAUCCGUUUCAGGGUGACAGAUGAGAUGUUUGUGGACACGUCGCCGACGGGCCCGUCCGCCGCAGAAACACCGGUAAUACCCGGACAGCCUGUGGCGCCGCCAGCUGAGGAGGUGGAGAAGAAAGAGGCGCCGUACACUCUGAUCGGGACCAUCUGUGACCCGGGGCUGGGGCUGCUGUCCUGGUGGAACAGCUAGCACUGAGGAAGAGGAAGAGGACGAGGAGGAAGAUUUGGUGUUUUACGAACAGAUCGAACAUCAUAACUGACCGAACAGACGAGGAGAGGCGAGCUGGGGACACGAUACCCAGGAGUCUGGGUACAGAAGUAAAGACACGAAGUCAGACGCUCUGAACCGAGACACUGUUGGUGUGAAGAGACUGAAGUCCCUCUGAGACAGACUGUGUUGUAAAUACUGCCCUGAACACACCAGCCCCAUGUUUACACAUCAACCUGACCGUAGAUCUAAAAACACAAUGAUUUCACAUGCGUUUACAGUCUUUCUGGUACAUUUAAAGUGAGACCCUGACCCUAAAUUCAAACGAAAAGUCAUUUGUUAUCAGGAUUAUAAUGUCCUCAGUACGUACUCACAUAUUCUGACUUUAAGGGUUGAAGCAGGUGACGUUGAGCACUUAACAGCAUGUCAGGGAGGAUAAAGGUGUGAGAAUGUACAGAAACAAGCUGAGUGAUGGUUGGGUUGGUAGGGAAAAGCCCCAGAAGACAAUUUAUUAUUCCUUUGUAUCAAGAUCACAAAAAAAAUGUCAAUAAUACAAAUGUUUUUCUUGGUGGGAGUUAACAUAAAAAGAUGAAAAUAUUUUCUUUUUAUUUAAAAUGUCACCUUUUUUAAUCCUCCGUUUAUUUAACAGCCUUGUGAUAUCUUGUGUGUUUCAUUUUCACAGUAAAAGGACGUAUCAUCAGAGUGAGUGCUUGUGAUUUGUCAUUUUGUGUGAUUAUAGGAAGAGGAAUAACUAAUACGGAUUAGCGGCCAGCCUUUUAAAUCCCACAAUUUGGAGGUC